AUGGAAGAAAUUCAGAAGAGAAUGAAAGAAAGACAGGAAGAACUGAAGAAGAAAGUAUCACAGGUUGCUGAGCAAUGUAAGGAAAAACAAAUUUCACUUACAGAGAGAGUGAAUGUAGCUUAUGGAGAAUUAUCAGAACAAAACCAGGGUUCUGGAAUACAAGAACAAAAUGACUUAGAGGCAAACCUGAUGCAUAAAUUUGCAGAGAAGCAGUUGGUUAAUGAAGUAAGGAUUUGUGGCAAGCCAGAUAUUCAAGAUACUGCAGAAAUGUUGAGAAUUGAUUCAUAUCAAGGUGAUUCAUAUCAAGGAAAUCUUGAUGAAGCAGUAGAAGACUUAGUGAUGAUUACAGGAAGUGAAGGUCAUGAAAUGACAAACAAUGCUGCACAAGUAGUACAUGAGGAUAAUGUGUCAGAUGAUGAAUCAAUAAUAGCUAAAAAUCAAGAGUACAUAUUCCCAAACCCAGAAGAAGUCGAAAAAUCUACUGAACCUUCUGUUGGAAUGGUGUUUGAGAGCCUGACAGAAGCUCAAAGGUAUCUCAAUGUCCAUGGGCUCCUAAAUGGAUAUGCAAUCAGAAAGGGUACAAACUACUUGAAGAAGACAUACCAACUAGAAUGCAACAGAAGUGGAAAGCCAAAAGUUAUGGAGAAUGCACAAAGGAUAAGAAGAAGGAAUUACAUCCUGAAAACAGGUUGCAAGAUGAAGGUUAUAGUUAAACUGAUAAAUGGAAAAUGGGUUUUCACAAAAGUCAACAGUGAGAAUAAUCACAAUGUAGUGUCUUCUCCUUCCCUGACUAAGUUUUUCUUGAACCACAAAAGGACGACAGAGGAUGAGAAAGCAUUCUCCAAGAUUUUGCAAGGUGCAAGAAUUAAGCCGAUGAAAAUCAUGUCAAUAUUCAGAGAAUUGAAGGGGAGUUUCAAAAAUGUAUUCUUCAAUACAAAGAACUUGGACAAUCUAAAGCAAAAGGAGCGCAUCAAAACAAGAAAUUCAGACAUUGAAACAACAAUAAAUUAUUUAAAGAAAGUGCAGAAUGAAAGCCCAGGUUUUUACUAUACUAUGAGAAUGGAUGAAGAAAACAUAGUGAGAAGCAUAUUUUGGACAGAUGCUAGAGGAAGAAUGGAUUAUGACUUGUAUGGAGAUUUCAUAUCGUUUGAUACAACUUUUAGUACAAACAGGUAUAACAUGCCUUUUGCACUAAUAGUGGGAAUAAAUGGACAUGGGAAGAAUGUGAUAUUUGGAUGUGCUCUAAUUGAAGAUCAAACUGCUGAAACUUUUGAAUGGGUGUUCAGAACUUUUGUUGAGACUAUGAGUGGCAAGAAACCCAAGAUAAUAAUGACAGACCAAGAUGCAGCAAUGAAAAAAGCAAUUGCAAAUUAUAUGCCAGAUGUCAUUCAUAGGCUUUGCAUCUGGCACAUAAUGAAAAAUCUGCAUGAGAAAUGUGGAUGCUUCAUGAGCCAAAAGCACAGAGAAGGGAUGGAGAAAAGGCUAAAUGAACUAGUUUAUGAUUCACUCCCUAUAGCAGAAUUUGAAUCUGGAUGGCAAACAAUGCUACAAGAUUAUGAUGCAGAAAAAAAUGAGCACCUACAACUUAUGUACAGAUUCAGAAAGUUGUGGGUUCCAGUAUACUUCAAAGAUACAAUGUGUCCAUUCAUCCAUUCUACUUCAAGGAGUGAGAGCACAAACUCAUAUUUCAAGGAUUAUGUAAUUUCUAAAGAUACAAUAGAGAAUUUCAUGAGGCAGUUCGAAAUAAUACAAGAAGCAAAAGCAUUGCCAAGGAGGAUGAAAACAGGUUUACAAGUUUAG